CACUGUACUAACGCUGAGCCAAACGUCACGCCUCGAGUCCAACACGUCCCUCCAGGGUCACAAAGUGUCACUCCGGGGUCACCAAUGAGGAGGGAGCUGCCGAUCCAAAGGCCUCUGGGCUCCGGAGCGAUCCCGAGCCACCUGUGUGAGGAUCAGAUGCAUGAAUGUGAGAGGAUGGGGUGUGGGUAAGUUUGAGGAUAUUUCAGGGAGCUCCAGGAAUGGAAGUUCGACAUAGUCGAGCUUACAGAGACGCACCUGAGAGGUGAGGUACAAAUAGAAGGAUGUGAGUUUGCUAUGAUCGGGAAGGGACGUAAGACUCAGGAGACGCAGGGAGGAGGCGUAGCCUUUCUCUAUAGGAAAGAAAGUGGACUGAAAGUAGAGGAGCUUGGUGUGGGAACGUGUGAGAGCAGUGAGGAUGUGAUGGCAGUGAGAGUGGAGUGCACAGAUGGUCGGGGCAGAGUGGAGAAGAUGGUUCUGGUGGUGGUGUACAUGACUGUCAUGGGUGAAAGAGCUGAGAGGGAGAACAGGAGGAAAUAUGACAUACUGAAGAGAGUUGUGAGAGAACAUGGAGGGGAAAGAGUGCUAGUGAUGGGUGAUAUGAAUGCACAUGUAGGAAUUCUGGGAGAACGUGUGAACAGGAAUGGUGAGAUGCUUGGAGAUUUUGUGGAUGAAAUGGAGUUAGAGAAUCUGAAUGUAACUUUGGCUGAGGGACGUGCGACUUGGAGUGCAAGGAGCAGGAGUCAGCGAUAG